GGCUAGAUGUUCAGAAGAAUUCUUCUUCAUACUAGGUAUGGCAAUUAAGUAGUUAGUGCUAAGCCCUUUAGAAAAUCUGGCUUCUGAAAAAUCUGCUCCUAAACAAAUUUGAGCCAAAAAGACAGUGGUACUUCAAAAGGGCUAUAAGAUUACAGGAUGGAAACUAUUAAAAUAAAUCCAGGACUGUAUGUCCAAUGCUGAGAUCCCCUCUGCACACUGACAGGUUAGAUUAUCAUUUUCUAUCUAGAAUGGACUCCUCUUUUAUCCAACCCUUGUCCCCCAUUUUAUAGGUAUUGAAAUUGCAAAGUACAAAGGAGCAAGAUACAGACUUGGACCAGAGCUUGAAAUUUGUGGCUAUGGCUGUUCAGAUCACUACUAUGAAUCCGAUACAGUCUUGCAUUCAUUUGAAGUUCUGGCAAAGCUGUUGGAAUCUCCUGUCACUCAAGACAUCAUCUGUGACGUGGGAAUGCCUGUUAUGUGCAGAAACGUUCGCUACAACUGUAGAGUGAUCUUUUUAAACAAGAAAAUUCUUCUGAUCAGGCCAAAGAUGGUGCUGGCAAAUGCAGGAAAUUACAGGGAACUUCGAUGGUUUACUCCAUGGAGCAGAACACGGUAUGUGGAGGAAUAUUUGCUCCCCAGAAUGAUACAGGAGGUGACAGGACAGGAAACUGUUCCUUUUGGUGAUGCAGUGCUAGCAACCAAAGAUACAUGCCUAGGGAGUGAAAUCUGCGAAGAGCUGUGGGCACCAAAUAGCCCUCAUAUUGAAAUGGGACUUGAUGGGGUGGAGAUCUUCACUAAUUCUUCAGGGAGUCACCAUGUGCUGCGGAAAGCUCACACUCGUGUGGAUUUGGUAAAUUCUUCAACAGCAAAGAACGGUGGGAUUUAUGUCUUAGCCAAUCAGAAAGGCUGUGAUGGUGAUCGUUUGUACUAUGAUGGUUGUGCCAUGAUUUCUAUGAAUGGACACACCAUUGCUCAAGGAUCCCAGUUUUCACUGGAUGAUGUGGAAGUGUUGGUUGCUACACUGGACUUGGAAGAUGUUCAGAGUUAUAGGGCGGAAAUAUCAUCUCGUAACCUAAAGGCAAGCAAAGUGAAUUCCUAUCCCAGAAUAAAAGUGAAUUUUGCUCUGUCAUAUUUUGAUAAUAUAUGUGUACCUGUCUGUGAGCCAAUCCAGUGGAGAUAUCAUAGUCCUGAAGAAGAAAUCUGCCUUGGCCCGGCAUGUUGGCUUUGGGACUACUUAAGACGCAGUAAUCAGGCAGGAUUUCUCCUACCGCUUAGUGGUGGAAUUGACAGCUCUGCUACAGCUUGUAUUGUGUACUCCAUGUGUCACCAGGUUUCCCUUGCAGUCAAGAAUGGAAAUCAAGAUGUGCUGGCUGAUGUACGUAGGAUAGUGAAUGAUGAAACCUACAUUCCUGUGGAUUCCCAGGAAUUCUGUGGACGUAUUUUCACCACUUGUUACAUGGCUAGCGAGAACUCCUCCCAGGAUACAUACAACAGGGCUGAAUUGUUGGCUGAACAGAUAGGCAGCUAUCAUAUAAAUCUAAACAUAGAUGGGGCAGUGAAAGUUAUUGUGGGGAUUUUCAGUAUGGUGAUGGGAAGAUCUCCCCAGUUUCGUGUCUAUGGAGGGAGCAGCAGGGAAAAUCUGGCACUACAGAAUGUGCAGGCUAGAAUAAGAAUGGUCCUUGCCUACCUGUUUGCUCAGCUGAGUCACUGGGCUCGUGGGAUGCCUGGGGGGCUUCUAGUGCUUGGAUCAGCCAAUGUGGAUGAAAGUCUUCAUGGAUACUUAACUAAGUAUGAUUGCUCCAGUGCUGAUAUCAAUCCCAUUGGUGGAAUCAGCAAGACUGACCUGAGACGUUUCAUACAGUAUUGUAUGGAAAACUUCCAGCUUACUGCUCUCAGAAGCAUUAUGUCUGCACCACCAACUGCAGAGUUAGAGCCCCUUGUGGAUGGACAAGUGUCUCAAACAGAUGAGGAAGACAUGGGUGUGACCUACACAGAGCUGUCAGUCUAUGGCAAACUAAGGAAGAUAGCCAAGGCUGGCCCUUACAGCAUGUUUUGUAAACUGAUAAAUAUGUGGAAGGAUAUCUGUACCCCAAGAGAGGUGGCAUCCAAGGUUAAGCAUUUUUUCAGGAUGUACUCUAUUAACAGACAUAAAAUGACCACCCUCACACCUGCCUAUCAUGCUGAAAACUACAGUCCUGAAGACAACCGAUUUGACCUAAGACCUUUCCUUUACAACACUACCUGGUCCUGGCAGUUCAGGUCUAUAGAUAAACAGGUUUCCAAUCUAGAAAGUAAUGAAAGAAGGAAGCCUGUACUUGAAGAUGUGGACUGACUACUCUCUGCUUUUAUACUACUGACUUAAAAGCGGGUACUGAAUCUAUAAACAUAACAUUCAAGGAUAGAGUAUAUUCUGGAAAUCAGAACAUUUCAGUGUCUGAACAGAACUGGUUUAUCUUUUUGUUAUCAGUUAAAUUUGUAAUUAAUCAAACCCACAUUUGUUUGGACAAAUAAGUUUAAAUCAUUUCAUGAUUUUGAAUGAUUUGUUUCAGCUAUUCAUUAUUUGUUAUAUUCAAGGUGUGAAGUUUGUCACAUACUUUACAUGGUCUUGGCUGAAAUUUUUAACAUGUAAAAAUAAAGAUUGGACUUUUAGGUUUUAAUUUUUGGAUGAUUCAUGAUUCAUUAAUAUUUUCAUACAUACCUGUAAAUUGUCUGAAUGCACUGAAAUAAAAAGUGUUAUGAUCCCUCCAGUAAUAGAAACCAAGCUCAGUGCUUGUAUGGGAAAAUGUGUGUGGACAUAUAAAAAAUUUGACGGGGUCUAAUGAAUAGUCAGCAUGUGAUAUUUAUCUAACAUGUUGAACUGAAGGCAGAAAUCUUUAUAGUCUCUGGGCACAUGCUUCUGUGAAAAUAAUUUUUUUCAUUUU